UGCUACCUGGAACGAGUCUAAACGUACCUACCUCUAACGUGCUUCUAGUGAAAUAUUAAACCUGCGCACCUGUUAGGGUAGCCACUUCUACUGUGAUUAAGAUCUGUGUUAAUAGUGUAAUGUGACGUCACCCUUUCUGGAGAUUCAAGGACGCUAUUGGUUCGGGUCAAUAGUUUAUGAUGUGUGACGGGAAAAACCGAUAGUCAUAUUACAUUUAGUGAUAGACGAUUAAGAUUUACACUUAAGUGUUCGUCUCCAUAAAAGUCAGAUAGUAAAUUGGUGUUGUUUAAUGAUUAUCUUAAAGAUAUUAUCUGCUAGUUAAGUAUGCAGUAAAAACUCAGUAAAAUUAAUUGAUGUAUUAAAUGGUGUCUGUCAUAUUCUUUAGAGAGGGAUUAUAAGUAGUAAAUCGUCUUCUUUAAAGCGAUACAGUCGUAUGUGGUGAUUGUGUUAUCAAAUAUGUGACAGUCCUUGGAUGACGUGUGAAAAAAAAAAUAUUUGGGCAAUAAAUUAAAGCUGUCUGGAGACGAUGUACUGGAACUGCUGCGAGGAGCGAUUCUGUUUCGACAAGAAGAUCGCCACAUACAAGCUAGAAGAAGAUGUAAGUCACACGAAUGGCUACAUCAACAGCGGUGCCAGCCUGGACAGCGUGGUUACCGAGCAACCCGUCAACAACAACCAUCUGCCUCCACGAGCUAUAGUCGGGAGAGAGGUCAAUGAAGUGCCGCUGCAUGCUGAUAAGCUUUAUGAGGUGUUCUCUAAAUCUCUAAUAUUUAGAGAUGAUCAUGAACUCAAAGCGAAGACAGAAAGCACAAACUCUCUCGACGAACUGGAGACCAAAUCCGAACCCGAUUACUUAUCCGACAGACCGAACAGGACCAAAGUUUACUUCGAAGACGAAAUCAACUCACCCGUCACUGACUUUGAAAUUAUGUUCAAGGAUGAACUGCUUGCUAACCACGACAUGUUCAAGAUUGACGAAGAGGAAGAAAGUGACAGACAAAGCCAGGACACAGAGGAAGGCCUCACAAUGAACGUAGCUGUUAAGAAACAAGAUGUUAUUAAACCAAGUACUAUAACAAUCAAAGAUGAAACUAAAAUAACCACACUAAGUCCUAUAUACCAGUAUGAUCCAAUAUCUUCAAUGGCUUUACCUUCAGCCUUCUCUUUACCGAGAGUGGAGAGUGUGAAAGGAAUUCUACGAAUGAGAGGAGAUAAUGAAUUCCCUAGGAGUAAUAGCGCCAAGACUUUGGAAAGAGUGGACAGUAGCGGUAAAUUAUCGAAGCCAAUGUUAAGCAGAGUCGAAAGCUUGAAAAACAUAGAUCCUACCAAACUAAACAGAGUCCUAUCAAGGGUACCACAUAGAAGUGCAUCGUUCUUGAAUAUUCCUGAGCAUUUAGCUCCAGAGAAACCACCGUUAGUUAAAAGUAAAUCAAUGGUAGGAGUGAUGUCAGCUGUAGAAGAAUUAAAACUAUCACAGCUACCUGAUACUCCAAUUAUCAAGAGUAAUAACUUACCAAGGUUCUUCGCUGAUUGUCCAUCACUGCCCGAAUAUAAGGGAGAAACUAGCUUGCAGAGUAUAAAACAGCAAUCGGCGAUGAUGUACCAAGAGGAUUUCAGUAUGCCGAGGUAUUAUGGAACCGUGUCAAAGUCGACAGAACAGUUGCCGGUCCAUGAGAGCAAAUCGAUGCCAGAUUUGAGGAACCCAGCGAGCAAUUCAGGCAAAGUGAGCAAGAGACUGGUGAAGUUGAGGAGUAGGUUAAAGCCAUUGGUUAUCAAGAAGAAUUCCAAUGAGAGAUUGUAAAUGUAUCUUUUAAAAGUGCCUUUUGUAAGAUUGUUCAUAGUAUUUUAGUGUAUCCAUGAUAUAAAAAUAAUAUUGAUGAAAAUGAAGGAAUCAAUUUUGAUAACAUUUCUGAUGCAGACGUUUUGGACCUUAAAGCAGGGUUCUUAAGAAGGUUCCAUAUUUUUAGUGGUAACGUUUGAAGAGGCUUUUGAGUCUGUUUUUUUUUUUUCAAUUUUAUUGACGCUAAAGUAAUAAAUGACGUAAUAAAGUGACUUAAAAUUAUUAUUAUAAGAACAAAAUGAUGUUUGUUGUUAAUAUUUUGCUCAAGGUUGAUCACAAUUUUAUUGCAGUUUUAAUAACUGAGAACAAAUGAUUUCAUAUAAGUGAUGAAUUAUGUAUGAGUUAUUCCCAAUUUGUCAUUAGUACCGAUUGGUCACCAACUAUUUUUUCCAUACACCAAAUCCCGAUUGGUCAUUCGAGCAAAAUAACUAAUUUAAUAUUUAAAUUUUGAGUGCCGAUUCGUCACCCGCGUAAAAUUUCACGUAUCAGAGUACCGUCAGAAAUAAAAGUGUUAGAAGAAAUUUUAAAUGAAAAACUUCAAUGUAGGUAAAGGUUUUAAUAGCUCUCAUAUAAAUAUAAUAAAAUUUACAUUAAAAC